AUGGCCCGGCCCCGGCCCUGGACCGCGCACCCCGGACACCCCGGAUUCUCUCCGCGGCGGCGGCGGCGGCUGCGGCGGCGGCAGUGGCCCGGGCUCCCGCCGCCAUCUUCCCAGCCAGCCGGCCCGCCCGGCCGCCCCGUGCGCCUGCGCGCUCUGAUCCCUCCCCUGUGUGGGCGGGGCCUGAAAUCGCGCGUCUCCAUUGGCCCAGCGAGUGGGAGGGCGGCUUCCGAGAGCGGCGCGCCUCGCCCAUCGCUGCCCACUUUGGGGCCCGGACGCCGCCCCUCGGGCCGGGAACCCGGACUGCGGGUCCUGCAGGAAGGUGUCCUAUAGACACAUCUGUGGGCUCAAGGCAGCAAUUCAUGGAAAGACUGAAAAUCAACUAAACUCGCAUUAAUAGCAGAUGAAGUGAAUCACAGAACACCUGCAUGUUGGAGGAGAAGGUCCAACCAUAGGAAAGCAUGGGGUCUCCGAUGUGAGGGCCACAGGGCUGUGACACCUGUCACCCACUGGUCACCAGGGUUGAUUCGGCUGAUGAGGCUGGGGGGGCUGGGGGGUG